CAAUCAGCAAACCGUAUGUUAAGAAAAAAUCAUCCAAAUCACAUCACUCUCCUCUUUCAAGAUUCUUUCGGCCAUUAUUUUCCGUUUUUCUCCUUUCAAAUUAAUUUUCUCUCCAGCCAAACACAAUCACCUCUCCAUCUCUCUCUUUGCCUAACCUUCCAAAUGGCUUCCCCUCCCAUAACAAACGACAAGCAACAAAAUGUAAAAUUUGUACCAAGUGAGCACAACGUUCUGCAAAAGCAUGUCCUCUUCUUCGAUAGGAAUCAAGACGGCGUCGUUUAUCCAUGGGAAACUUUUCAAGGUUUUCGUGCAAUCGGGUGUGGAAUACUGUUUUCCCUUGCCAGUGCUGUUUUCAUUAACAUUGGCCUGAGCCAGAAAACUCGCCCUGGGAAGACUCCUUCUCUGUUAUUUCCUAUUGAGAUUAAGAACAUUCAUAAAGGCAAGCAUGGAAGCGAUUCUGGUGUUUAUAGCAGGGAAGGAAGCUUUAUUAACGAGAAGUUCGAAGAAAUUUUCCGCAAGCACGCCCGUUCACACAAAGAUGCCCUAACAUCAAGCGAGUUGAUGCGAAUGCUAAGAGAAAACAGAGAGCCUAAAGAUUAUGCGGGAUGGAUUGCGAGCUGGACAGAGUGGAAAACACUGUACAUGCUAUGUAAGGAUAGUGAUGGAUUGCUUAGUAAAGAGACAAUCAGAGCUGCUUAUGAUGGAAGUCUAUUUGAACACUUGGAGAAGCAAAAGCAAUCGGCUAAAAAGAAAGCUGUUAUCUGAAAACGGCAGUGGUAGAAUGGAAUUUCUGAUUGGCUGCAGUUGAUGGAUGUUCUAGAGUGCUGAUUGUAAAAUUAAUUGAUAUUUGUGUGUUUAUUGUAUUAUAGAAAUAUUUUAAAAUUAAUUGCAAAAUUUAUUAUUAUUAUUAUUAUUAUUA